GUAAACUGGAUCAUUGAUUGAAGGGCAAAGGAACGUUUUUGAAAAACAAAAUGGACCAAACAGACUUCAAACUAACAACAUACACUGAAAGUGAUAUGUGGCCUUUAUCACUAAACCGGGUCUUGGCAUUAUUAUUACUGGUAGAAACGGUAUCUGGUUUAACAACGGGAGAAACGGCCACUCUGAAGUGUACAUUUCAAGGAACGAAAACGGACAUCUUGGAUCGUAAAUGGAUUAAAGUCCUGCCAAAUAACACUGACAUUUGUCUCCUAAGCUCAAAUAUCUCCCACUGGUAUCCCUGUAAUAAAGAGGAAGGCGGCAUCCAGAAACUUAGCGCUGGGGAGAACUGGCACGACGGCGAGAUUUCGUUAUCGAUUCAAAACCUGUCUGCGAGUGAUGCAGGGAUUUACCGGGCCGAAAUUGAAUUUACGAGCAGUCGGGGUAGAAGCUGCACGUUUCAUCUUCUACCGUCCGGGCACUCUACACUUAUUGAAGAGAAUACUCAAAUUAAGCAAGCGGCACUGGGCCACACAGCACAGUUGAAAUUCCCGUCAAGACGAAAUCUAGCCUCCGACCUUCUGCAUUUCAAACUUUUCAACGCCUUAAACACGAGUCUGGUGCAGUGCGGACACGACCGCGCUUGCAGUAGCAACCCGAACAGUGGGGCAGCGACACGCUUCUUGGGUCGUGUCACCGACAGUAGCAUUGUGGUUGCUAUAAACGCAACAAAACGUGAGGAUUCGGGCCUUUACCGGUUUGAAAUGGCUUACAAAACCGGACUUCCAACGACAGGACAGGUGUAUCUUAGAGUGUACAAGUCCCAAUUGCAAGACAAAGGUUCAGAAGAAGUAAGACCUACUGCUAUUGGAAAAGAUUUACCAGGAGUUAAGUCAAGCUGCUCCGCCAAGAAACAACUUGGAGUUUCUGUUAUAAUCCCGGUAGUUUUGGUAUGUCUGGUCACGCACCUGGGCAUUGACGACUUCCUGCCAUCUUGACCACAUGUCACAUGUAGUACUACUGAUUGCACUUAUAGCAAUAGGCUGACAUUCAAUAGAUAGAUAGAUAGAUAGAUAGAUAUAGAUAUCUGAUAACAUUGAAUGCACAUUAGCGAGAACUGCCAGAAAAUUGGUCAGUAUUAUUUUGGCUUGAAUCAUGUAAGUUAAAAAUUCAUGGUCAGCAUUUUUAAAGUUAAAACAGUCAGAGUUCUGAUAUUACCACCGAGUAGUUUGAGGAUGUUUUGAAGAACUAAAUUUUCUAACUGCAUCUUAGUGGCUUAUUGGGUGGGGUGGGGGUGUUGAGUCAGCUGCAUAUCAUACAAUAGGUCAGUAUAUAUAUAUAUAUAUAUAUAUAUAUAUAUAUAUAUA